AUGUCCAAGAAUAUCGCUCUGGAUAUCGAAGGAAGGAAAGGAUACCUGCAUGGAACAGCUCAUCAGGCCAGUCGAAAGUAUCUCAAAGCAAUGAAGAUCAACGGAAAAUCUUCGGACUCCAGUCUCGUCACUGCCUUGCUGCCUGCUUUAUUCCUGCAGGUGUCCGUUUGUUACUCCAGAGAUGAAGGCGAUAUCGGCAUGUCAGGAAGAGACAACGAACAUGAACAGAGAAUUCCCGGUCUCCCUGCAUAA